CCUCAAACCACAACCACGAUCGUGCGAGUAAACACAAACUCAUAACUGUACUGCUUUCCGCCAGGCUCUAUAGCAUACUGCGGGAAGAUGGGUGCUCUAUUAUCUAUCCCGCUAUUGGCGGUGCCCAGCAUCGGCACUGUCCUAGGCUUCGCAGCUUCGUGUUGCGGCGCGGCGACUUGCUCAGCGAUAUGUAGCAUGUGCGGUAAAUGUGGCAACAGUGUCGCCACACGUAUCGCCUAUGCCCUUAUUCUUAUGGUUAACUCGAUCUUUGCCUGGAUUAUGCUCACGCCGUGGGCGAUAAACAAACUACAACAUUUGACACUCGAUUAUAUGACGAUCAGCUGCCCGGAAGGCGCAUGCUAUGGAUGGGUUGCUGUCCAUCGCAUCAACUUUGCGCUCGGGGUUCUUCACCUGUUGCUGGCGUUACUCCUCCUUGGUGUCAGGUCUUCGAAGGACCAACGAGCCGGUAUUCAGAAUGGAUUCUGGGGUCCUAAGAUUAUUGCAUGGCUUGCGCUGAUUGUCCUGUCGUUCCUCAUCCCCGAUGGAUUCUUCAUGGUCUGGGGCAACUACAUUGCCUUUGCAGGCGCGAUGCUAUUCCUCCUACUCGGCCUCAUCCUCUUAGUUGAUCUGGCGCAUACAUGGGCAGAAUACUGUCUAUCCCAAAUCGAGGAGAACGAUUCGAAGGCAUGGAGGGGUAUUCUCAUCGGAUCCACUCUUGGGAUGUACGCGAUCUCGAUCACGAUGACUGUUGUGCAAUACGUCUUCUUCGCUGGCGGAGGAUGCUCUAUGAACCAGGCAGCAAUCACAAUCAACUUGAUUCUCCUGUUUGUUGUGUCGGCGAUUUCCGUUCACCCUGGCAUCCAAGACUAUAAUCCAAAGGCCGGGCUUGCGCAAUCAGCCAUGGUUGCUAUCUACUGCACCUAUCUCACCAUGUCCGCAGUUUCCAUGGAGCCUGACGACAAGCACUGCAACCCCCUUGUCAGAGGGGGACAAGCGACAAGAACUACGACGGUUGUCAUUGGUGCUAUUGUUACCAUGCUUACUGUUGCGUACACAACCACCCGCGCUGCAACUCAAGGCAUGGCACUCGGUGGCUCAACCCAAAGCAUCAGGCUCUCAGAUGACGAGCACGGACUUAUCACCACGCAGCCCGACAGCCGCCGUGAAAUGCGCGCUGCCGCUCUCCGUCAAGCUGUAGCUGAAGGCAGUCUCCCGGCCGAUGCACUCCUGGACGACGACAGCGACGACGAGAGCGACGCUGGGCGCACGGGCAAGGAUGAUGAGCGUGGCGCGACUCAAUACAACUACUCCCUCUUCCAUAUCAUCUUCUUCCUUGCAACGGCCUGGGUUGCGACGCUGCUUACUAUGAAUUUUGAGGAGGACUCGUCAGAGGAUGGCCUUGACUUCGUGCCGGUGGGAAGGACGUACUGGGCUAGCUGGGUGAAGAUUGUGAGUGCGUGGGUGUGCUAUGGUAUCUACACGUGGACUCUGGUAGCGCCAGUGGUUCUUCCUGAUCGUUUUGAAUUUUCAUGAGGAGAGGCUGGUUGGUAGGCGUUGGCAUGCUGUGCGCUGUACAUAGUAGUUUUUCAAUACCGCAUUGGUUUAUGUAGAUACAAUCGCGAGUGGAACCUAAAUAGUAGUCUUGAGGACUAUAAUCUGAAUGGAUAUCCCUUUUCUAGU